CGAAAAAGGGUGACGCGAUAGCUUUACGCAGCAUGACAACAUUCGCCCUGAAGGUUGCAUCACGACAAUCAAUCAACGGCUCUUCUCUGCUUCUUCGGCUGAUUCAAUGCGUUCCGAUCCUUAUCUCUUGAAGAAGCGAUCAAACAACUGAGUGAGGAGAACACAAAACGGAGUCAGACGACACAAAAUGGCCGCCAAACAUAGUAAGUUUGCCAGGGCCGACGGUAAGGCGGACGGCCUGGUCUCCACUCCCGUCUCCGGAGACGCCGCGACACCGCAGGCGGGCCAGGUGCCGAGCUCGGACGAUACUCCGCCGCCUAACCAGGUCGAAACUUACGGAACACGUAGAGUAACGACUCAGACAAUUGAUAACAAAGCAAGUAGGCUUAAUUACGGCGCUACUGAAGAGCGCCCUGUCCCCGCCUCCACCGCGGAGCACAAGGCCAGCUCCGACUGCGGCCAGCCUGCCACCGGGGCCCUGCCGCCGCUCUCCUGGGCCCAGCGGCGGCUGCUUAUCUGUCUGUCGUUUGGCGCCGUGCUUGACGGCUUCUGCCAGUCCGUCCAGCUACCCUUCUUCCCCGGCGAGGCCCGGCGGCAUGGCCUCAGUCUGACCGCCGCCGGAGCAGUGUUCAGCGCCUUCGCCUUGAGCGAAAUGCUCGCCUACCCAGUCAUGGGCUGGUUGGCGUUACGGCUCGGCGUCCAACGUCUCUACCUAGCCGGCCUGGUGGUUGCCGGCAUCGCAACGCUGACCUUCGGUCUUCUAACGUACGUCCCUGGACCGGCAGCGUUUCUGGCCGGCUGUCUGACCGUGCGCGCUGCCGAAGCGGUGGGCACGGCAGCCGUCCUGACGGCAGCCAGAACCAUCGUCAUCAACCAGUUCCCAGAUCGGGUGAACGUGGCCAUCGGAGUCCUGGAGGUGGUAAAGGCGGUGGGUCUUUGCGUCGGGCCCGCUCUCGGGGGAGGCCUGUACGUGCUUGGAGGAUACGGUCUGCCGUUCUACACUCUAGGAGGAAUGCUGCUCGCCACUGCGGCGAUCAAUGUUGUGGCGAUGCCUGCGAUAGCCAGCACUGAGAGUGGCAAGACCGAGGCGCAUCAAAGAGAAGCUGAGCAGCGGACGGAUCAACAGAGCUACAUGAAGAUGUUGACAAUAGUAUUCUCCUGUCCAGACAACUGGGUCAUCUUCACAACACUGUUCAUCGUCUCUAUGAACUGGUGGGCGCUGGACCCCAGUCUUGGACCGUACGCUCAGCAGCAGCUGAACGUCGAGUCCUCAGAACUGGGCCUCUUCUAUGUGGCUUCGCUGCUGUCAUUUGCUGUUGCAAGUCCAGUAUGGAGCCGGCUGGCCGACUCCAUGCGCAACACGUUCCUCCUGGUGGCUGCCUGUCUGCCGCUUACCGCGCUCGGGGUGCUGUUGAUGCCGCCGGCGCCUCCUCUAGAUCUGCCGCCAUCCCGCGCGCUGCUCGGCGUUGGCAUGGCGCUUCGUGAGGCGUUCUGUCUGGGUGCACGCCUGCCACUGCUGGCUCUUCUGCUGCGCUGCUCGGUGGCCGCCGGCCUGCAAGACAACCUGCGUGGUCAUGCCUUGGUAUCGUCGGCGUUCGGAGCCGUUUACAAUAUGGGCAAGGCGGCCUGGCCGCCGCUGGGGGCUGCAGUUAUACAGGAGGUGGGACUGCCGCUACUGGCCUCCGGUAUGGCCGCCCUAACAUUGACCCUGGCCAUUGUGGAUGCCGCCUGGGGACUGAAGGUUAACAGCAAACUGAAGCAAGAGAAGUAACGCCAGGCAACUUUGCCUUAACCGAUUUCGACAGCUGUUGCACUUUUCCAAAGAGUAUAAGUGGACACAUAAAUGUGCAAUGUGCAUUUUACAAUUGUAUAACUACUAGGACAUCUGCUCGUUGACGUUAUUGUUGUGCAUGGAAAGUUCUUACUUUUCAGCCUGAUAUACGUUGUUGAGUAACCAUGCAGCAUAAUAUGUGCUCACAUUUCGGUGCAUUGGCGCAUUUCCGUCAUACAGGGUGACCUAUAAGACAGGUCUGUUUUUGUUUACAUACUUGUUGGUGUGGGCUGUGCUACCACCUCGCAUCUUCCGGCAUUGUUCUGCUAUGUUCGGUUCGUCAAGUGUCGCCAGGCUCCGCGGAUCUCUCACCAAUGUAAUAUCAGGACCCGUCGUUAGGCACGGUUUUAUUAUUCAUAAUACAUGGACCAUGCAAGCCUUCACUGUAUCCAA